UGCGGAUGUAUACAAUCAGCUAUCCUUCACUCUCACUCGUCUUCGCUCAGCUGAACAGAUGAGAUCACUCUCAUUCGUGUUCGUUCAGCGGUACACAACGCGUUGGACCUACUCCCACUGUCGUACACGUACAGAAAACGUUCGGUUCACUAUCACAAUCCUGUACGUACGUUACAUGCUCAGUCCAGUAUAACACUGGUGUUCGUACAGUGUAGUCCCUCAGUCUAGAGGAACAAGGCGCUCUGUGCGGGUGUAAAUCAAAACACAGAGGUUAAAACAUUGUAAAAGCAUAUAGUGCUAUAUAAGUGUGAUAUUAACAUUUAUAAAACAAGUACUGAGGACUAGUUAGUGAUUUUUCUCGCUGAUUGAGUGAAUCACAGCAGUGGUUGGUGAUUGAUAUUACAGGACCUGUCACCUUGCAUUACGGUCAUCAGUCAUCACGGCAUCGGCAGCAUUGUCGCACGGAUCGAUGUGUGAAUCAACAUCAAGUACAGUGGAAAGCAAGGUGAUGGAUCAACUCCUCUACACUACGAAGGGUCCGAAGCCCACCAUGUUCUGGCUUCCGGGUAAUGGCAGAAAUAUCGCUCCUGGCCCCAGCUCUUACCGCCCCUUUGAUCAGAUCGUCCGCACCGUCCACUUAUACGAAGCUCUCGACAUCUGCGUCGACCAGCAAAUGAUACCAAAACCCAUCACAAGUCGCAGUAUCAUUAAUAUGAAUCAUUUACAUCCCAACCAUCCAUGUAAGAACUUGCAAGUCCUUUGGUUUGGAACUCAACGCUCUGAAGAUGAGGAGGAGCACGACUGGUAUGGGAAUGUUUCGUUUUCACUGCCUGUCGAUCUUCUCCUGAAACACUGGAAGCAUUGUUUCCUGGUGGAGCUAAUGUCAGCUCCGACGCACACUGCAACACGGCUACUUCUCACUAAUACAGAUUACUCUUCAGUUCUGACCAAGUACGACCCAAACACCAAGGAAGGACCUUGGCUGAAGGCUUCUUUUGGUCACUUGGAAUUAACCGACUGCUUACGCUACAACAACAUAGGGUAUAACAAACAUGGUCACACUUUGGAGUUCAUGAUUGAGGUCACUCCAUUUGGUCAGAGGAAAAUCUUGGAGAUGUGUGAGAUCUCUUUCAGGAAUCACUCCGAAGCAACAAAUAAAACCCUUCCACACGUUUGUCAUCGUUUUCAGAACAUGGCAAAUCCAUGUCCAUCGCCCUUCACUAGUUCCAUCUGUUCCAGGAUAUUCUUUCGUGAACAUUCACGCCUGGGGAGGCGUCUAUGCAUUGCUCAUCCCCGUCUCUCCAGAAGUGCUGAGUUCCUCAUGCACUAUUACUUCACCAUGGUACCUCCAGCUGUGCCUAAGCACCAUCUUGGUUCUGCACCUGAUCUUCCCCGCAGGGCUUUUGUGAGUUACAUUCAGCACAUUUCACAGUUUCUACUACAGCUUCCUAAUGGGUUGCUCUCUGGCCAGAGUCUCUUGCACGGGAAAUAUUCUGGAGCGGGAGAAGAAAAUGUGAGGCAAAUAUCAAACUUGCAAUUUAUACCAUGGCACAUUCUUGCAUUUUUAGAGUGUAACCAAAUGUUGCAGAAAAAGGAAGAAAAUGGUAAGAAUAAAAGUCAACUGGGCCAUCUUCAGGUGGGAGGCAACAUGAACCAGAGAAUUCAGUGUAACACACGUAAGGGCCAACACCACCUUGCAAAAUUAAACCAUAAUUUUCCUAGCAGUCCUGAAACACCAGAGCUCAUACAUCAGUUUCCUCCUCCACCUCUUGGAAAAUUUAACCACAACAAGUCUGGCCAUCAUGGAAUACUACAGCACAUGCAUCAGUUUCCUCCUCCUCCUCCUCCUGAAAAUUUCAACCACAGUUUUUCUGACCAUCAUGGAAUGCAAUACAUACAUCAAUUUCCCCCUCCUCCUCUUCCUCCUCCUCCUCCUGAAAAUUUCAACCACAGUUUUCCUAACCAUCGUGCAUUGCAAUACAAUCAUCAAUUUCCUCCUCCUCCUCCUCCUCCUCCUCCUCCCCCUGAAAAUUUUAACCACAAUUUUCCUAACCAUCAUGGAAUGCAGUACAUACAUCAGUUUCCUCCUCCAUCCCUUGGAAAGUUUAACCCCAAUUUUCCUGACCAUCAUGGAAUGCCACGACACAUAUACCAGUUUCCUCCUCCUCCUCAUAUAAACUGAUACAGUACAGGAGUGACAAAGGCUCAUUUUACAUUCAAGGAAAGCUAGAGUCCUGGUUAUCAUAUAGUGCAAGAGAAUAUCUGUUCUGAUCACGUAGAAUAUUCCGACAUACAGUACUUGCAGCUAAGAUCAUCCUGGGAUGCUGCUGAACAAAUGAGUGAGAGAUUACAGUGUACAUACCCAUAAUAGUGUACAAAACUGGUUAUAUGGAAGGCCUUUAGACUAGUUCAAUCCUCCUACGAAAGAGGUUAAAGAGUACAUGACACUACUUUUAUUUUCACUCUGAAUAAUAUCUCAUUAUUCAUUCAGCAUUUUCAAAAAGUUUUAAAUUUUGACUGUUCAUAGUGCAAAUCUGUUAUAAGGUUUAAGACUUUUUAUAACAUUGAAUGUAUUUGUAAUUUAGAUAUGGGAAUAUGUAUGUGUGGAUAAUGAAGAUAAUUUUGAAUGCAUCAUUAAUCUUAAGUGAUAUAUAUUUUUGUAUAAAAUAUGUUGCUGCUGAAGCGGCUAGUUUAUUGAGCAUCCCAUAGCCAUUCUAUGAAUAGUAUCGCAAGAGCAUAUAGAUACACAAAAGGCCUAGGAACUAGACCCCAAAAGAAUUAGCAGGAGUAAGUUUGGGAAUUAAUUUCCAUAUUGUUUUAUAAUCUAUUAAAAUAAAAUUUAGGAUACUUCCUCAAAAUUUUCUGUGAGAAACCCUGACAUGCAGUAUUACAUUGGUUAGUACAGUAAUUAUAGGCAGGUAUUCAUUAAUAAGUGAUCACUCAAAGACGCGAGGUGACACCCUGACACUUCUACAUCUGCACCACGAUAUGACAUAAGUGCAUAUACGCUGAGAUAUACACUGAUUGUGAUAAAACGAAAAUAUGACUUAUUAAAUUGAAAAAGUGUAUUGUCAUGACCUGAGGAGUUAAAAUGUGACCUGAAGCUUAGCUGACACACACUUUGCCAGUGAACCAACACUAGUUGCUGAAGGCAACUAGUGUUGCCUUCAAGGGCAGUGUCUGGAUACUCCUUAUUUUAAGAACAAAAGUUACCAUUCAAUUUCUUCCUGAACAAGCCUGGUCAGCCUAUAUUUCCCAGGAGUUGUAUAACUCUCCUGGGUAUAGCAAUUUCCCGAUGAAUAUUUAAUAAUUAAAUGAAAGGUGUCACAGCGUGAUUGUAACCAGCACGUACAGAGAAUCAAUCUAUCAGAUGUAAAUGAUGACAUUGUACAUCUUGACAUUUGUAAGAUGUAAAUGAUGAAAGUGUUCAUCUCGUUAUCUCUCAGUUGUAAAUGAUAAGUGUCGGUCUUGUCACCUCUUUAAGUAAAUAAAUGUACUAAAAUAACCUCAAGAAUGAAAUAAUCUUUCUUUUUAUUAAUCUCGUAUUGUAUUCUAAAUCUUUUUUUAAACCCUUCAUUUAACUCAAUUGUGAAUUGUCCCAAGCUCUGUAUUGUGAUUUUUAUUAUUGUCGAUAUAUACGUAUAUACAUUCCAAGGGUGCCCAAGGAAACUUAGGCACCCUUUCUUUCCCUUCCUCUGACGAAAUGUGAUUACCUCGUAGUCCCUCACCACGAUGUGACCUGUUAUUUUUUAUUACGCCUAUUUUCCAUAAUUUGUAUAUAAAUGUCUUCGUAUCAAUCAAUACCUAUUUAGUUAUUCUUGAGUUAUCCCUGAAACUAUCUUGAGUCACAGUGUGAGAUCACAUUAUUAUAUGUGCUAAUGAUUUUAAAAUUAUGGCAAAAACACAAACUAGGUUAGAUUUAAGAUUUAUGAAUUUCAAAGAGCCUGUACAUCAGACAGUUCAAUCCUGAACUUAAUAUAUCAUCAGUUGCAUUAUUUACGUUAAAACAGUUGCCUCUCUCUUUUGUUUAAGUUUUUGUUUUAACUAGUUGACCUCGAUCAAUCAGUGUACGAUUAUAUCUAGUACCUGCCUGUCUCCACCUGCAGUAAGAUAUUCAUCUUGACAUGUUCUUUCUAUCUUUAUAUUAACUUACUUUAUCAUGUUUAACUUAUGACAGUCUAUUCCUUGAUACUGUGUACACCUAUUUAAUAAAUUAUAGAUCCUGUUGA